AUGCCAAAGAACCAUCUUGACUUAUCAACAGUGCUGUUCACAGGUACUGGGGCCUCGAUAUUCAGUAUCAUCCAGCGAUCGCUGCUCGACAACGCACAUUCAACCAACUCGUCUCUCGAUAUGGAGAAACAGGCCUUCCUCCCGCCACAAUCGCAGAGCGAGGGUUCAAGCUCAGAACGAACCAGCUACCACGAUGAAACCGAUUCAGUGGAUUAUAGCACUGCUGUCCCGCAGAAACGAAAAGCACGGCGCAGCGGUAUGUGGGCAAUAGCCGGAAAACUCGCCUUCAUACCCCUAGCAGUUGGGAUAUUUUACCUGGGGCGAAUAACUCACGACAUGACUCCCGCACGACCAGCAGAGCCUGUUUCGCUAGGCAAAUGCUCCCCGGACUGGAAAGAGUCCAAAGCCCGAGGCUGUGUCUACGAUUUCAUGCUCUCCACAUGGAUGCAUCCUAAGUGCUUCAAUGAAGAGAUGCACGAGAAAUACUUGGGUUAUAUGAAAUGGAGGAACACGACGUAUUGGUACGAACGAGAACGUAUCAACGAGGUUCCAUUUGAUGUGGCUGCCAGUGGUGAGCACGGCGAAAUUUUUACAGACGGCACCAUCCAUCACAUGCAUUGCAGCUAUGUCUGGGAUAGGAUAACGUAUGCGUCGCAUUUCAAGCCUCGAGUUCUGGACUCUCUUUGCCGAGACCCGAAGCAUGUUGAGCACUGCAUCUUGUACAACGGAAUCCCGCAGUCGUGGGAAAUCGACUUGCCAAACAUCACUAGGGUAUACAAUGAACCUCACGAGGUGGACUGCUUGGUCGGUUAG